AUGGAUCGCUUGGUUGAAGUGGAGUCACUUAGCGUCAUCAACAUCAUUGACAAUGACACGGACUUUCUCUCGACGGCCGCAAGUACAAAGGAUGGCUCUGUGACGUACCAAUCGGAAGUAGCUCAACAUGUGGCGCGUGGAGACGCGACUCUCUACUUUCCAGGCUUUUGCUGCGCAGCGCACGGAUUAUCUUUGUUGUUGACUGCCGUUGUGGGUGAGCAGAAGAGAGCCUUACUCCUGGACGCAGGUCCAUGUCCUCAGCUCUGGAAGGCAAAUGCCAAGAAGUUGGGCAUAGAUUUGGCCUCUGUGGACAGCAUUGUGCUGUCGCACUAUCACGCGGACCAUUCUGGAGGCCUCCCGGGCGCUGUGGCCGCCAUUGCUGAGGCGCGCAAAGCAGCAGGCAAGGCCCCGGUGCACCUGGACCUUCAUGAAAGCAAACCUGCAUCCAGGGCAGUGCAGUUGCCCUCUGGCACCGUGCUUCCGCUGCAGCCUGAGACUCCCAGCUUCGAAGAACUUCAGCGCUUGGGUGGUGACAUGAUGCUUUCUCGGGAGUCCCACGUCCUGUCGGAGUGCUUCUUCGUCAGCGGACAUAUCCCACGCAAAACAAGAUACGAAAAGGGUCUUGUUGGCUCCAAGCGCUUAGAGGACAAUGAUUGGAGGGAUGAUUGCGACAUCGACGAGGAGCGCUAUGUGGCCGUGAAGGUUAAGGGCGGAGGUAUCGUGGUCUUUUCUGCUUGCUCGCAUGCGGGAAUUGUGAACGUGUGUCGUCAUGCCAUUGAUUUGGCAGGUGUGCCCCUCCUGGCUGUGAUGGGAGGCUUCCAUCUUGGUGGUGCAGGCCUUGAGGAGCGCGUUGACGACACUAUCCAGGAUCUCUUGAAGUUGCAGCCCCAAGCAAUACUGCCCGGGCACUGCACGGGAUGGCGGGCCAAGGCAGCAAUUGCACAAGCAAUGCCCGAUCAGUACAUCCCAGCGCUGGCAGGGGCCAGAUAUGUCUUUGCUGCUUCUUAG